UGUCAUUAGAGAGUGAAAUAUUCUUUACUUCCCAUUGUUAUGUUGUGUUUUAUUCUCCUAACUGAUAUACCAUGUCUGGCUAUGUACUAAGAGGUAGAACAAUUUUAUCUAGAGGAGUUGUGCAUUCGCAAGUUCUAUUUUUCUUUACUCAUGUCCCUGGAUUUAUAUGUCAGUAUGUAACAAAAGAUGUAAAUGAGUGGCGAAGCCAUAAUAUUUUGGGGUUGACGAAGCACUUUUAAAUUGCUUCCCCACAAACGGAUCGAAGGUCCAAAGCCACGGGUCCUUCCCUUUGUGAAUUUGUUAUGCUUUUGGGUGUAGCCAUACUAUUUCGGGUGCGGGCAUGUAACAAAUUCAGUAAGAUUGAUUUAUGUGUACAUAGGUUCUGCUAUAGUUUUGUAAGAUCAAUAUAUUUUCUCACAAAGAAAAUUCCGGGUUUGAAAAAAGGCAAGUGGAAAAUUGUCACCACUUCAGCAACUGCAGCAUUGAUCAUUGCGGAUGAGAUGGACUACUUAAUAACACGAGACCGGGCUGUGCUACAUGACGUUUUCAUGCUUACCAACCACCAGUUCUCAAGAUGCAUACUAAUAGGAAUUGCAAAUGCCAUAGACCCAACAGAUCGCUUUCUACCAAAGCUUCAAUCAUUAAAUUGUUUUCUUUCUUCGCAGCUGGUCUGAUAAGUGAAACUACAACAGUACUUUAUUAUUUACAGGUAACUGAUAAUAUGUACAUUCUAAUUUUCUUCUAUACUCCAGUGCCCCUUACACUUUCUCUUCCGUCAUUCCAGAAUAAUAUCAUAUAAACUAUUUUCGUGUGACUGUUAUGUGCCAGGAUGAGUCCAAUUAUCCUUAAUCAGGCAGUACUUCUUGUGAGAAAGUAUACAUUUUGUU